AUGCCGGCGGAGAAACCGCCGGCCGUGCCGGCGGAGAAACCGCCGGCAAUGCCGGCGGAGAAACCGCCGGCAGUGCCGGCGGAGAAACCGCCGGCAAAGCCGGCGGAGAAACGGCCGGCGGAGAAACCGCCGGCGAGGCCGGCGGAGAAACGGCCGGCGGAGAAACGGCCGGCGGAGAAACGGCCGGCGGAGAAACGGCCGGCGGAGAAACGGCCGGCGGAGAAACGGCCGGCGAGGCCGGCGAAGAAACCGCCGGCGAGGCCGGCGAAGAAACCGCCGGCGAGAAAACCGCCGGCGAUGCCGGCGGAGAAAACCGCCGGCGAUGCCGGCGGAGAAACCGCCGGCGAUGCCGGCGGAGAAACCGCCGGCGUUGCCGGCGGAGAAACCGCCGGCGAUGCCGGCGGAGAAACCGCCGGCGAUGCCGGCGGAGAAACCGCCGGCGAUGCCGGCGGAGAAACCGCCGGCGAUGCCGGCGGAGAAACCGCCGGUGGUGGCCGGUGGUGCCGGUGGCGCCGGCCGCGAAGCCGACGGUGGCGCCGGCUCCUCGGCCGAGUAGCAAGGAGGACGGGAGGGGGAAGGCGGCCGGCGGCUCCCCGGGCCGGAAGGGUCGAUGGAGCUGGCCGCGGCUCGUCGGCCAUGCCGACGCUCCCGCCCGCGGCGGCUCGCCGGCCGGGGUUCAAAAUGACGACGCGCACGGCCCCUGACCUCUCCCAGACCAGCCUGGCGCGCGUGCAGCGCUUGCGCUGCAGCGGAGUGGCCAAGGCGCCCAGGAAGGCCAAGCUGAUCUCGCCCAAGCCGCUGGCGAAGCUGCGUGGCAACACGUACAUGCUCGCCUGCCAGGAGACGCGCCGGCGCGCCCAGCAGCUGGGCGGCGGCGGCGGGAGCACGCACGGGAGGGGACGUGCCGGGGGCGGUGCCGGCGCCGAGAGAGCGGCGAGGGUGCACCGCGAGAAGGAGGAGGACCGCGCGGCGGGCGGCGUGCCGCCGGCGCCGCCGCUUUCCGCCGCCGCCUGGCGGAACGACGGCGGCGCCAGAGGCGGCGACGAGUUGGAGGACGAGAACUUCUUCCGGCUGUCGCAGUCGCCGCCCAUCCCGCAGCAGAGCCAGGAGGAGCACUACAUGAGCGACCGCGACGAGUUCCGCUUCUCGGACGACGAGGCGGGUGAGGAGGCGACGGCGGAGCGGCGGAGCGGCCUGCCGGCCGUCCUCGGCGACUUGCCACCCGGCGUUCACUUCAAGCCGGGAACAUUCGCGGCGGCGGUAGCGGCGGUAGCGGCCACGACGGCCGCCAAAGAUAACGCGAGUGGCUCCGCCUCCGCCACCGACGCCACCAGCUCCUCCGAGCUCGUAGAGCGCGGCGGGGCCGAGCCGGGGUGGCGGUGGUGGGGCGAUGACGGGGAGUGGAACGACGGCGACCUCCUGAACCUCACCCAGCGCGACCCCGUCGACAUGGACGUCGACGAAGACGACCCCGGCGGCGAUGACGUCGUCCCCAUGGAGGUGGACGAAGCGCCAGAAGGCGCCGGCGGCGCCGACGAGCGCCGGCUCGGGACGGCGCCGCCCGGCGACGCCGGACCGCGCGCCCAGGCGACGGCCAGGGUGUUCGCCAGGCCGGGCCCGUCGCGCAACGCCCUGCUCACCGGCGACAUCGCCAAGGCGGCGGUCGCGCAGCCGCCGGCGCCCACCGGGGCCAGAGUCGGCGCCGCGCCGGCGCAGAGGCCUCCGUCGGCGGCGCCGGGCGGCGGAUUGUCGCCGCUGGAUGGCAUCCUGUCGCUGAUAGACGACAGCCGGGGGAGGUUUUGCCCGGCCGGCGCUUUGUCGGCGGCCGGCGUUUUGUCGGAGGCAGCGGCGGCGGGGAUGGAGGUGGGUGGCGCGGCGCCGGCGGUGAGGAGCGCCGCGGUGGUGGAGACGCGAGCCCUGGAGCAGAGCGUCGCCCGGGGCCGUGACCCCCACGGGGGAGUCGACUUCGGCGCCAUCACAGAACCGCUGUUCUUUAUCAACCAGGUGCUGCGCUGGGAGGUGCAGGCCCUGCAGAGAGGGGUGGGCGGCCCUCCCAGCGGCCUUUGCGGCUCGGAGCCGCGGUUCAGCGUCCCGCUGCACUUCCCGUCGCACGAGGCCUACGUGCAGGUCUUCCUGCCGCUGCUGCUGCUCGAGUCGUGGGAACAGCUGGCAUCGGACAUGGCAGAGGAGCGGCGCCGCAAUCGCCCGGCGUUCCGGAUGCGGCUCAAGUGCUCAUCGAACCGGCAAGGGCUGUCGUGCGGAGAGUUUGAACGGAUCCUUCCGGCCGCGGCCGCUGCAGCCUCUCCUCCGUUGGGGCUUGGCGACGUCCUCAUCUUGUGGCUGCCCACAGCCGGAGCCGGAGUCGGGAGCCGGAGUCGGGGAGGUGCCGUACCUGGGUUACGUGUGCCGCAUCACCCAGCAGGGCAUUGGCUCCGCCGUGACGCACGACCCGGCUCGGCGCGGACCCCACGGCGCCGCCGACGUCCGCUUCUCGGUGUCGGUGCAGACGGUGGGGCCGCUGUCGGCGCUGCUGGAGCGGGAGGUUCGCUGCGAGGCCGCCGGCGCGGUCGUGACGGCGGAGCGCCGCUACUGGGCGCUGCUGGCGCUGCCCCGCAGCCCGCUGGCCGCGGCGUUGCUGGCGCCCCGGCCGGCGGUCUUCAUGACGCCGCUCGCAGAGGCCACCGGAGGCUUGCCGAGGCCCGGGGAGGAGUACAACAGCGGGCAGCUGAUGGCCAUCGCCGCCGUCUGCAACAUGGUGCUCGGGUGCAAUGCGGGGCACCAGCAGCAGCAGCGCCAGCAACAGCAGCAGCCGCACAUCUGCCUGGUGCAUGGCCCUCCUGGCACCGGCAAGUCCUCCACCAUCAUGGGCAUCCUGUGCCGCCUGCUGCUUGCCGAGGGCCAGGAGCAGUUGGCACCGCCACCGACCUCCGGGCUGCGGGCACCACGCCCGAUGCGGAUCCUGCUGUGCGCUCCGAGCAACGGCACGGUGGACGACCUCAUGAAGAGAAUCAUCAUUAAGUUCAAGGACCUGGUACAGAACAAGGCGGCACCACGGGGAAACUGCGGAGACAUCAACCUGGUCCGGCUCGGAGCCGAGAGGAGCAUCUCCGAAAAGGUCAUCAAGUUCAGCCUGGACAACCAGCUGCAGCACCGCAUGA